AUGUCACUGCUGUCAUUCCGCAAUAAUAACAUGGUUGGAAUGUUGCCCAGCGAAUUGGGCUUGCUCACUGGGCUUACUGGGCUGUUCGCCCGAAGCAACCAACUAUCAUCCCAAAUUCCAAGUGAAAUUGGACUCCUAACAAAUCUGGUGGUAGGCCUAGGCUUCCAAGACAAUGAGUUCCUCACUGGGACUAUCCCGACAGAGCUGGGCCGCUUGACUCAGUUGCAUUUUCUGGAACUCCAAGGAAACCAGCUCUCGGGAAAGGUCCCCAGUGAAUUUGGUGGACUCAGUGCUCUUGGUGCUUUGAAUUUGGCCAGCAACAGCUUUUCUGGUUCAGUCCCUCAAGGAGUGUCAGCUUUGCAAGAAACUCUCCACACAUUUGAACUGCAUGGGAACCCCUUGUUGGAUGGUACUAUCCCUGAUGCCAUUUGCAGCCUGAAUGGUACCUGCACAAAGUUUCGAUCCAAGCUGGAUUCCUGUAUUGGACCUCAAGGUUUGUUGUUUGAUUGCACUGAUUUGUUGUGUGGCUGUGGUUGCUCUUGCAAGGAUUCAAACUGA